GUGUCACUUUUGUCAACAAAAAAAUCAGAACAAAACUCCCCAAAAUCCGUUUCUCUUACCUUCAAUUAAUACCAAAACCAUUUACAUUUUUUUCUCUCUUCUUCUUGUUUCUUUGUCUUCAUCAACUCCAAAUUCUCUAUCUUGGACCAUAAAAAAAACUUCAACUUUUUUAGUUUCAUGGAGCAUUUAUAAAACCCAGAAGUGUCAAUCAAUUCCAUCUUGCAUUUUCUAGCUUAAAAUAUUGAGUGGGUGCACUUUGUCCAUAUCCUCCAUCCCUUUCAAUUUCACAGAUUUUGCUCUUGAUUUUCCUCUUUCCAUGAAAAAUGUUCCAAAUCUAGUUGCAAAGGCCACCUUGUUUGAUUGAACAACAUAACCCAAAAUAAAAAUAUGAUCUUUUGUGUUCUGUGUGUCACCCUCUUGUUCACAAUGAGAGAGACUUGAGAGCUUCCUAUAUAUCCAAAACAGAAAAUCUCCUUAAACCCCAUUUGCUUCAUCUGCUGUUUUCUCUGCAUUUUCUCUCACUUUCUCGAGAAAAUCACUCACAAACGACAAUGCCCUCUUCCAUCUCUUCCUCCUCCUUUUCAACCUCUUCCUUCACGUGCUUCUCUGCAACUUCCCCAUCCAACCUGCAACGCUUUCUUCAAUGUGUCACUCCUCGUGUUCCUUCUCAGAUUCUACCGAAGAGCUGCUUUAAUGAUCUAAAUCCACUCUGGCAGCCUCUUGGCAAGGAGAAAGUUGAAUACUUCACUCUUCAAGAUCUUUGGGACUGCUACUAUGAAUGGAGUGCAUAUGGUGCUGGUACCCCAGUGAUGUUGGAGGAUGGUGAGACUGUGACUCAGUACUAUGUUCCAUACCUAUCUGCUAUGCAAAUCUACUGCAACAAGUCUGUUGCAGCAUCUCGCAACCGGAGAGAGGAUAGUGAUGGAGUUGAAUUUGAAAGUGAUUCCUGGAGUGAGGAUAGUUCAAGUGAUAACCUUUCUAGAUCAUUGAGUAACAAUUCCAGCAAAUCUUGGGAGGAUGCUGUUUCUGAGGAUUCAUGCUGUGAUCAGGAGGGUUCCUGGCUAAGGGAUAACAAGCUUGGCUACCUUUACUUACAGUACACUGAGAUGGCUUCUCCUUACUCAAGGGUUCCUCUUGCUGAGAAGAUUGAUGAGUUAGCUCGAACCCAUCCUGCAUUACUGACAUUGAAGAGUGUUGAUCUUUCCCCAGCAAGCUGGAUGGCUGUUUCUUGGUACCCAAUUUAUACUGUCCCAAGCCGAAACAAUGAAAAGGAAUUGGAAGCAUGCUUCCUCACUUACCAUACUCUGUCAUCAUCUUUCGAAGAUUGUGCAAUGGAGUGUGAUGAGAUGGAAAUAGGGAAUGAUCUGUGUUGUUCCAACGAAGGAGAGAACUGCAAGAAACAGAAAAAUGACCAUGUUUCUCUCCUGCCCUUUGGACUGGCUACAUACAAAAUGCAAGGAGAUGUUUGGCUAAACACUGACCCUUAUGACAAUGAGAGCAUAUCCUGUCUGUACAGUGCAGCAGACUCUUGGUUGAAACAGCUCAAUGUCCAUCACCAUGACUUCAACUUCUUCACAUUACAUUCCACCAUGUAAAUUGGCUGAGCCAUCACCAUCUUCAUCCUUCACUGACAUCACUUUGUUAGGCUCUGAACUCUGACACCGGCCUAAGAAAAAAUGGUUCCCCUGGGAGAGAAAUUCUGGAAACAUUCACAAUCUGAGGAGUUAUAUCUCAAAAGAGAGUGUAUAACCCCAUAGAAUGUAGAGUUUUGUUAAGGGGGUGAGUUUUUUUACCUACCAUUUUUUUAAUAGUACUCUUUUUGAGUAAGGUUAUAACAGUUUGUUUUAGGUUACUGAACUGUCAUAAGUGUCUUGUACUAUAUACCUUUUCUUCUCCAAACUUUUGAUCAAUUACAAUCUUGUAUAUUUUGCUA